CGUUGAAGAGUUCAACGAAGGGGACGAAGGAGCGAUGGCGGAAGUGGAGCUCGAGGGAAUGAGUUUGACGAUGACGAUGAUAGUGCAGUAAUGCCGCCCACGAAUGGGCAGAGAGGGAGCCACGGAUUACUCGGGAAUUUGAAGUUUUGACGAGCUGGUCAAGGACAGACAGACAGUGAAGGCGCAUUUAUUUAUAUAUUCAUAUAUUUAUGAGAGAGGGAGGAAGGCGUGGAUUCGAAGUGUUGUUAUUGACUAUCUCCGAUGCAAUUCCAACAGUGUUCGAUCACAGAGAUGAAGAUGGGGUGGUGAUUUUGGGUGACAGAAGGUUGAGAGAGAGAAAACAGAAUUUGAGGCAAUUCUCGCUGGAUUUCAGAUGUGCGGAAGGAGGGUGAUUGGGGGAGACUGCGAGCUUGUCUUAACUUUCGUUAGAUUUGGGAGGUUUUGGGAAGUUUAGGCAAGGUUUGGGGAGUGAUUUUGUGUGUCGGAUUGGUGGAGUUAAUGUUGUGUCAAUUUGGGUGUGGUAUUGCGCACGCGGUGGCUGGCCCAAUGGGUAGUACCGAGGGGUUGUCACGUCUUUCGGCAGGGGGAUGUCUGUUUCUUUAGACAAGGCGAAUUUCCAGGCAUUUCGUGUAAUUGGUUCUCUUGGGAAUUUUGGCACAACGAAGUCAUUUGGAUGUAGUGUGGUGGUUCGUGCAAGUAGGUCAUCACGCUGGGGGUGUUUUGAGGUACCUGUGCUGUUGCUGCUGGUUUUCCUCAUUGAUGCAGAAGGAACACCACAGCCGAGGAUGCCUAGUCUGAGGACCGAGAGACGCUCCUUUGGGAUGGAGACCCCACGCCACUCGUCCUUCCGUAUGGCUGAAGUUCUGUACGUGCUCAGCUGCGGUGGCCAGCUUGAGCAUCCCCAUAUGAUCAAUGUCCAAUAUCCCGUUCAUCAACCAGGUCCCACAUUGAGAGAUGUGAAAACUCGUUUGAUCGCCUUGCGGGGAAGGGGAAUGCCAGACUCAUUUUCUUGGUCAUAUAAAAGGAAUUAUAAAGACACCUUCAUCUGGUGCGACUUAUUUGACGAUAACUUCAUUCUUCCUCUCAGCGAAAGUGGAGAAUAUGCUCUCAAAGCUACGAAACGCUUCGAUGCGUCGCAAGUCAAAUAUCUUAGACCCCCUAGAAGGUCGGAGAACCUUGAAGCGGAGGGCGACGUUUCCAUGGUUGUAAAAAAAGGCUUAGUUCUCAUCAGUGACACUGGUAGUGUAACCUCCAACCGUACCAUGGAGCUCAACAAGCAGCUCAUGAAUAGUCUUUCCCACAGCAGAAGUGCGGCUGCAGUUCGUAACAAUGAACACAGCGAUGUCUCUAGCAGUGACACACACUACUCGUAUGAAGAUGUAAUCGAGAGAAAGGACUAUCCUGCAAGGUGUAAGUCAAACAGUGGCGCAACCAAAAGGGGAAAGGCUUCGGUAACACCGAAGCAGUGCCAUCCCAGCUCACGACCUGCUUACUGGGAGUUCUCGCCGCAAGGGAAUAGAACAGGUCGCGAGGAUUCAUUAAUGACGAUUGGUUUAACUAAACACGUUGUUGAAGAGAACGAAGGGCCCACGACUCCAAGAGCACCCGCGAGGAGAAGAACCUGGAAGAAGGAAAUCGAUAAAAUCACCAUAUUCAGAGAGUCUAAUAACAGUGAAAGCUCGGACGACGAGCAGCCCAGUGUGCAAGCUGAAACCCAUGUCUCUAAAUUGUCAAAAUCAGGUGGGUCGUAUUCAGCUGCCCCCGAAGAUUUGUUCUUGUACAUACUGAGAAAGGCAACUAGAUUGGGAAGUUUUAAGCCGCGGGUGUGUACAGAAGUUGAUGUUGUUGAUUCAACGCAAUCCAAAACCAAGAUGCUCUUCAGAAGCAAAACAAAAGAUGAAGUUAAUAGGCUUCUUUACCACAGUCCCUUAAAACAGGAUCAGAGUAUCAAAAAAUGAAAUAUUCCUAGGUAUUUGAAUUCUGAAGUAUCCUCCUUCUCAAGUGGCGUUCUUACAUGACAGCUGCUGACCUGAGGAAUCGUCUGCUCAUUCUCAUGUGUGUUCCACAAUUAAUGAACUGGCGGCACUUUCUCAAGCUUUACAUAGCUUCUCUUUCACUUCA